AUGGCAGCUGCUUCAAAUCGAAGAAGCGAACGAAAUGGGAGAAGAAAAAGUGAUCCGGGAACGCUUGCGUUGCGAGCGAAUGGAGCUCUUGACAGAUUGACAGUUUUUGCUGGAGAGCUCCCAUGGGGAGGCGCCAAAAUCGUGCCCGCUACAACCCUUGAUGUACAAAUGAAUUCCGGUGUAUUCGCUUCACAAUCUUUACUAAUUGAAUUAUUUUCUCUAUUUGAGCGCAAACUGACUGCGGUGACUGAAGAUGAGCCUUUGGAAAAGUUGGUGAACAAAAGUCUACAAAGGGGUGAAGAUCCAUUUUUUGACAAUCUUUGUCGAACUUUAAGCGGAAUCAGUGAACUUUGUCUGCCAGCUGUGCUCAAAUCGUUGAUCUCAUGGAUUGAAAGAAUGGAAAAACUUGUUAAUGAUAAGAUCAAUCCAGCCAGUGAAAAUCGUUUCCGAUUGGGAAAAAGACUUCUUGCGGCACAUUAUCUCUUCUGCUUGGUUCUGAUCGAAGUGUUGCCACAGCAGCUUGAAAGGCAUUUGACUGAAUGUGAGCCGUACGUGAACUACAUAAUGCGUCUAGCAUUUAAACAAGUCGCUUAUCGAGAUCCAUCAACUCUUGGCGUGAAUCACACAAAUUCUCUUGUUGUUGCCGAAACAUAUGCUGAAGUGGUCGGCGUCCUUUCGAGCACACAUUUUCAAGCAAUACAUCACGCAUUCUUUGCAAUGCUCAAUGAAUAUAAGAAAGAAACCUCGCCAGCAAACGGGCAAAACAUUAUCGCAUUGUUGAUGGCAAUGAAAUUCGUGAAGAUCAAGACAAACCAAGUUCGCGAAUUCGAGAUGGGCAUUCGUUUCUUAGACGAAUUGGGCACAUAUUUUUUAGAGGCAAAAGAUCGUGAAGUGAAGCACGCGGUGGCUGGUCUUCUCGUAGAAAUUCUGCUUCCCGUUGCUGCGCAAAUCAAACGCGAAACGAAUAUCCCAGCGUUGAUUUCUUUUGUGCAAAAGCUUUACGGACCGACGAAUGAUCUAGUCAAUAAGAAACAACACAAAUUGGCAGCUUAUCCAUUGCUUACUUGCCUACUGUGCGUCUCACAAAGACAGUUCUUUCUAUCAAAUUGGGCAUCUUUCUUGAAUGCAUGUUUGGCUUCACUUCGAAACAAAGAUUCUCGAAUUUCUCGCGUUGCUCUCGAGUCUCUCUAUCGACUUUUAUGGGUGUACAUAAUUCGAAAUAAUUGCGAUGGAAACUCGUCGACGAGGACUCGUUUGGAAAGCAUUUGUGCAAGUCUCUUCCCGAAAGGAAAUCGAAAUAUCACUCCUCGAGAAGCUCCCCUAAACAUCUUUGUCAAAAUCAUUCACUUUAUUGCUCAACAGAAGCUAGACUUUGCAUUCAAGGAAGUGAUUUUUGACUUGUUGGGUUGCUCGAGAUCUAAUCGAUCACUUUGUCCUGAGCGCAUGAACAUUGGAAUCCGAGCACUGAUGGUCAUCGCUGACGGACUUCAACAAAAAGACGAACCACCAGCUAUGCCGAAAAGCAUCGGACCACUUGCAUCCGGCACAAUGCUAAGAAUGAAGAAAAAGACCUACAUUACAAGGCCACUCACCGUUGAUAUUGCUCGGACCAUUGGGUUGGAUCAAUAUUAUAUCCCUUGUCGCAAAGCUUUUGACAACAUUUUGAGAAUCCUUGAUGCACAGGUUGGAAAACCAUUGAUGCUGACGGCGAUUCAAGGAAGAGGCAAGGAGCCAGAAGAAUUGUUGACAGGUGAUGUUAAACCAAAGUUGGACCUUUUCCGGACCUGUGUGGCGGCGAUGCCCCGUUUGUUGCCUGAUCCGAUGACUCAUGUUGAGCUCAUCGAGAUUCUCACUCGAAUCACCGUUCAUAUCGAUGAUGAACUGCGUACCAUGGCUGGACAAACGCUACAAAACAUGAUUUCCGAGUUUCCGGAGUGGAGAGAAACUAUUGUCUCAGCGACACUUAGCCUUUUGAUCAAUCAACUAACAGACACUUAUCCGGUGGUUCUGGAUCUUUCACUGAGAACUUUACUUCAAUUGGUGACGACUUGGCGAAUCGCAGCCACAAAUGAGAAACGACGAGAUGAAGAAGAUGAACAAUCACAGGAAUCACCAAUGAUCUCUUCGCCAUCACAUUUGGGAAUGCAAACAAAAUCUUUGUCGACCGCAUCAGCUCAAAGUACUUCCGGGAUUUCUACGUUCCAUUCCACAUCUCCGUCAACAGCGUCGACACCUACCACCACAGCAUCUCAUUCUGCCACAGCUUCAACUGGGUCAUCGCCCAAGGUGCCAAAUUUGCCCCUUUAUGUAGUGAACAAUGCAACAGCUCUUCAUGCAAUCGAAGGCUUCGCGCUUGUGAUGCUCUGUCAAAUUCGACAAACACCAAGAAAGAUCUCCAUCUCGUUGUUGAAAGAAGUCAAAACAAUCUUCAGCAUCAUUAGCAUUGAGCAUCAUGAUACACCAAUGCUUACCGUUCUCGACGAAGCGACACCAAUGGUCAUCGCCAAAUACAUUCAACAUGUUCCAUUUUACGAGCGGCAACAAUGGAACGUAGACUUUGCUGGGGCUUGUGAUAAAAUUUGCUGCCUUGAAUCGAACUCGAGCUUGGUUAAUAACGAGAAGGGAAAUGAGUACAUGCAAUGGGAUCCAUGGGCAUGCGCUCUAUCAGGAUAUGCGGAACAUCGGUUUUUACUAUCCCAGUGUCCGACGGCAGUCUCUUCCGCUUGGCCGGCUCUAUUCAUCAGACUAAAUGCAGUGAAUUCAUACGUUGAUCCAAACAACCCACAAAACGAGUCACGAGCCUCGUUGCUUCGAUCGUCAAAAAGCAAAGGAUCGUCAUCGAUUUGUGGUGAACAAUUAAGUCAAGAUGGGUGUUUGUCUUUAUGGCAAAAAUAUGUGGUUUUGUGCAUGGCUUUAUGCCCACCACCACCCUCACAUCACACGCUCGUUUCGAGAAGCUUUUCUCCAACAAGCAGUGUUGAUACGGAUGUUUUACGCGGUGUUCCGUCGGCUUUUCGAACUCGCUAUGCACCGACUUCCAACUCGCCCAGCACACAACAGCUUUUUCAGAAAGCCUUGGCGAUGCUUAGAUGGGAGAACAUGACAGACAUCAGAGACAGUGUUGUUCUUGGAAUCGGUUCUUUGAAUCCAGCAGCCAUUGAUGCAUGGAUUGAUGAACUUGGAGCACGUGGUGUACUUCGAGAAGCACAAGAGAAAAAGAUUGAGUCUAAUGUUCGACGGCGCAAAAGGAAAGAUCUCUUACGAUUGCAGAUUCUUCGAAUGCUUGAGCUCGUCAUUUUCAGGGGCUAUUUGGAGAUGUCAGGAUUUACGGAAAAUGGGAUAACGUUAAACCAAUCGAUCAUCGAUUUCGUUGACUCGAUGCGAGUGAAUCUCGAAGUGGAUCAAGAUCGAGAUCGUGACAUUAACACCGUCACUAGUAUGCGGCUGCAUUUCGCAAAGCUCAUCACAUUGAUUAUCGAUUCGGUACCACACGAAGCUCGAUUGCAAUUGAUACCAGAAGAAAGGAAGCAAAGUCUUUUCACACUUUUCAAAGAAUGGUCAAGUCGUACCUAUUCAUCGGAGAGAAGAGUUCGAGAAACCGAGUUUGGCACACAUGUUGAACAAAAUUCUGUCAUUGCCAUGUGCCGAAUUCUAUGCUGUGGACCAAUUUUUGAGCCACAAAAGUCUUUGGGAAACAAAGGAUAUCUCUACACAUGGUUGGAAAAAUUUGUCUCGAGUCCAAAUCAUACGAUGCAAGAAGAAAUCGAGGAGAUGCUGGCCUGGAUGGUGCAAUUGAAUGAAAGUGUUGAGCUACUCGAUUGGAUUGUCAAUCAAUGCUAUGCUCAGCCGCACUCUAUCUCAUCAAGAUGUGUGAAAUCACUGGUUCGAGCAUUUUCACAUCGAGAGCUUCCAUGUGAAUUCGUUUCGCUGUUUGUGCUUUGCCAGGCAGCAGCUGCGGAUCGACAAGUAGCUGAUUCGGUUCUAAACGUUCUGGAAAUGCUAAAGAGACAAUUUCUUGACAGCCCUUCCUCUAUGGCGUCUCCACUUUUGGUGACCACAUCACCAUCGGCUUCAAAUGUUCCUUUACGGCGAAGCGGUGGGAACACUUUGGUUCUUCACCCGAGCACUCCGAUUCAUCCACUUCCCGUGGAACAAAGCACCGUUUGUCGUCAUCUAGCAAAAUCCUAUCCACAAUUGACGCUCACUGUGUUUUCAGAAGUCUGUGCCAGAAUUGAGUCUGCUAGAGCGGAACACCAAGCCUCGUUGCUCUCAGCUCUUUUGCCAUGGAUUGAGAACUUGGAGCUAGUGGACCCAGUUGCGGGUGAGGAUUCGUGCGAGGGACCGCGCGGUUAUGGAUCGGAAGAGGCAACACAGCUUCUCCUCAACAAUCUCAUCUACUUAACAGCCAAUUAUCUAGAUCAAGGAAAGGAAAUCUGCGAGCUUUGGCGCGCUCUCUCGAUGGCUUUCCCGGCGAACAUGCCAAUCAUCUUGCACUUUCUCUACACGACUAUCAAUUUAUCUCCAGACAGAUUGUUGAGCCAUGCUAAAAGAGUUGUGGUGAUGAUUGCCGGAGUGUCAGGGACUCGGCUAGCAGCCUUGCUUCUUGAUCAACUUAUCGCUCACGAUUCAACAAAAACUGUUCUUGAAAGAGCCGAGAUGCCACCCUUUUACAGAUGGAGAGAUGAUUUGGAUACAAUUCGCAGAAAAGAAUCGAUGGAAGAAAAGCAAUACGAUGGACCCAAAAGAAUAGAGAUUAUUGAAAAGGAGGAAGAUACGGCGACAGAAGGAGUCAGAGAGCUUCCAAUGCCCGCUUAUGGCGGACACUACUCUCCUCUUUUGGCUUUUCUACCGCCUGUCACUCAACAAAUUCAAUACUAUUCUAAAAGUCAAGUGGCUCUUCUACUUCUAUGCGAUGUGAUCAGAUCCUCGUGUGAUGUUGAUUGGGCCGAAGCUACCCCAAGACUCCUUCACGCGUCCAUUCUCCAUCUUGAUUCAAUGCGACCGCUGCUUUGCUCACACGCUCGACAAACGAUCAUCAAUGUUUGCCUCUUGAAAGCCAAUUCAUCACAAGUUGCUGAAAUCUCGCAAAUCCUACUGGAGAACAAAAUAAGCUCAGAUACUCUGGGACUUGAUUUGAGCUUGACACAGAUUCAUAUAGCUAAUUGUUCUCAACAAGAUCCUUACUGUGCAUCAACAAAAAUUCGUCGAGGAGAAGCCUGGAAAAAUGGUCGAGAUUCGCCGACUUUCAAAAGGCUCACUCAUCAAGAGCAUAGACAAAUGUUAUUGCACAGCAAUGCUGUUUUCUCAUCUCGCUCCGAUCUCAUUUUGGCCAUUGUUUUCUGUCUUUCAGAGAACAUUGACACCCCAUUGUGGGCAAAUGAGGAUGCUUCACCUAGAUGUUGGCGAGUCUCGUCAGCAGCUCAACUCACUUGUUUGGUUCGGCACAUAGCCUCUCUGAUGUUGCCAUCGAUGCCUUUGUUGCCAGUGGUUUGGACACAAAUUGCAAUGCGGAUGGCGCUUUCCCUUCCCCAUAGACAUUUGGCUGGUCGAUGCUUUCAGAUUGUCUCAGCUUUAUGUCAACCACCAGGAGCUUGGAUCCCAUCUCUUUUGUCGAGACUCGUCGAAACAGCCGGCGAUGCAAACGAUGAUACACAAGCCUACGUGACGGAUUUGAUUCUUUGCCUACAUUCGAAUGUUCAACAUUUGUCACCGCCAAUCGAUCCCGGACUCGCUGCUUCAGCGGGUUCUUCUUCAGUCUCCCCAACACACACUCGAUCCACUUCCUAUACGCCAGCUCUUCUACGACAAUCGGGAAUCCGACAAAAUCUUCAUGAAAGAAAAGAUGCCAGAUUAUCGCUGCUUGUAGCUGAAGAAGAACCCUGGGUGUGGACAUCGAUGGUGAGAAGUAAAAGCGCUGAGCAACUGAAAACGGAUGGAGAAGAGGAAGAAGCUAAUACAAGAGUGCAAGUCUUGGCGAUCGCCGUGUCGUUGCUGGAGAGUGGAAUCGAUAACGAAUUUCUUCUUGCUCUUCAUUUACUAGAGAAAGCUCUUAAUACUUCGGAGGCUCAAAAACAGAAAUGCUUGGAGAAAUUGGAGAAAACCGUGAAACAACUUGAUUGGAAGGGUUUCAGCGGGAUUGUUGGACUUGUCACACGGGGAUUGGUGAUUCCCGGAGCGCACGAGCAAACGAUCGAAGUGUUGCUGAAUCUUGUUGAAUUGGUUGAAUAUGGAGUGGUUGGAGGUCGAUCGUCACUUUCACUGAUAAUUUGCGGAGUACUUCCACAUCUCCUCUGCUAUUUCGAUCAGCCAAAUCAGUUGUGCCUUCAAGCAGCCGAAAUUAUUCGAAAAUUCUGUGAAGCAGUUGUGAUCCGAACAGAAGAGCAAGCUUCUGGUGACUCACCACUCGAUCAUCUUUCAAUGAUGUUCUCUGCUUACGCACAACGAUCAUUUGCCAAAGAUCGUUUUCAAUGGGCAAAAUGUGUGAUUCAAUAUAUGUGUGAUGGAUUGCAUCCAAAUGCUACUCAUCUUGUUGUUCUUCUUGCUGAGAUGCUUGAUCGAGGAUUGCCAACCCAUCAUGUGUAUGCCCUUCAUAUGCUUUAUUUGCUUGUGACUCAACGUGAAUGCUCACCAUCACCGGUGUCUAUCAACGCUCAAGUGAUCCGAGCUGUCUCAAGACAUGUCGGUGGAUCGAAUUGGAGAGAAGCGGCACGAGUCUUCAAGUCCAUUGUCGAACAAGCCCAGAAGCUGGAUGCUGAUAAGGAUACCGCUUCGAUCACCUCAUUCUCGUUGGAUCCAGAGUCGAUCGUUCAAACGAGCCAUUCUGGAGACAGCCCUUCAACACCAAGAAAAAUCACCGAGUCUAGCAUUCCCAAGAGGCAACCUCCACAAAUCCGUGUUCGUGAACGCUUAGUGGGACUACUUUCUGCAUCAGGACUUCGCGUUGGCGUACCAAAUGCUCCAUCAGUUCUUUUCUCUCAUUCCGAAUUGGGCAGUGCUGCAAGCUCUACAGAGCAUAUCUGUUCUAGCCGGGAUGUUGAUAGCACAACCUCUUUGCCACCAGAUCCAUCAAUUUCUGACUCAUAUCCAAGAGUUUUCAAGGAAUUUGACUUCUUGGAGGCAGAGCAUGAUUCAGUAUCAGAAACAGCAGAAUCUUGUUUUGGAUGGCUGAGUACAAUGCGACCAACGAGUAUUGCUGAUAGGGAACGAUCAGCUUCUUCAAAUGCAUCUGAUGACGCAGAUGAUGAUGGAGAUGAGGAAAGCGAGGAAAGUGCCGAUAUAUCGAGAAAGAGUCUCGUUACCGAAAAUGAGAUUUUGAGAGGAAUAGCUCGAGAAAUUGGAAGUCCAGCUCAUUCACGACACUCCACUGAAGAUGGAACAGCCAGUGAUGAGAGAACUCCUUGUCCUAGCGAGGUGGAUGAUGAAGAAACGAAAGAAGACGCGGUUUCUGACAAAGAUACAGAUGAAACAGAUCUCGAGAAAUGGACAAGAAGUCAAGCUGAACGGGAAGCCGUGUGGAAGACUCAAGUUGAGCACAGUGAGAUGGACAGCGAAUUCAGCGAGAUGGAUGUUCGAACGACUGAAGAUGGACGAAGCAUCACUGAAAGAAGUUUGCUCGAUGGUCGUGUUGGAGAGAGUCUCAGUAUUGCUGGUUCUUCCUUCUGUUGUCGAUCUGCUUCAUCAAUGGACACACCAACGGCUCGUUUACCUUCACUGGUUGUUCUCUGUCCUCACCACACUGGCAGUUUACAACAAGCCGAAGCUACAUGGAUGCGCACCAUCGCCGAACUAUCAGCCGACGAUUUGGACGGAGAAACAACGGCACAAUCCGUUCUUGUCGCCACUCAACUCUUUAGAUCAUGUUGCUGGAGAGCGUGUUCCCUUCUCCGUGAUGCGAUGGUCGGCUUUUCCACCAGUCGCUCACUUUCACGUCCACUUCUCUCCGCUCAUGAUGUUCUCACCAAAGUUGCUGAUUGUCCUUUCCUUUAUGUAACAGAUACUUUCCUUCUACGUGCAAACUGUCUCCAAAGACUGAAAUUCUCGUUGACUGAGAUGCGAGAGCAUUUGGAAACAUUUAAUGAGCGACGGGAGCAAGCAAUGAGGGCAUUAGCUUCACUAAAGUCAGCUCAAAAGCUCUCAAAUCUAAAUCUUGUCUCGAGCUCACCGCUUCCCACCUCUCAAAGCGCACAUCCACAACGAAAUAUGGAACAAGAAAUUUGCAAAUUGCUUCAUAAGCUUUUCUUCCAAUUGAUGUUGAUAAAUGAUUCAAUCUCUGACAUGGCUAGAGCAAUUCGAGAGAUUCCUUCUGCACAGGAUUUCUCUCUAUCGCCUGCUGUAAUGUGUCUUCAAAGAGAGUUGCUUCAAUUUGCUGCCGACCUACCACCCGAAUCUAAUUGGGCUCCAAGAGAAUCAUUCGCUGAUUCUUUGCUGUUACUCAUCGCCAACAAACAAUAUGCUCAAGCUCUUGGUGCUGUUCGACAAUUGAGAUCCUCUUCAAUAAGCCAAGAAUGGGGAUGUUGUGAAGUUGUUGAUGUUGAUAUUUUGCUCCUUCUUUUCUGUCGCUCGCACACAAUGCGCGCUUGGGCGAUCGUCGGUGGCGACGAGUCGACAUUUGGUGUACAGAGCCAACUUCUCCGCGAAGCCAAUGCGGAUCUCUCGUCGACGGUUCGUCGAUUGGCGAUGGAUGUGUUAGGAUCAGGGACAAGCCUUGCCCCAUCGUCGUUGACUGGUUCUCUCUCCGGCCCUCCUCUCGCUUUACAACACGCCUCUUCCACCUCACGAACCCCAACCGUUUCUUCUAUUGCUGAUUCUUUUUCUAAAAUAACUCUUCCAAAUUCUGACAGCCCAUCAUCAUCUAGAUCUAAUUUCUACGAUUCU